AUGUUGACGUUGACCAAGUUCGAGACCAAGAGUGACAGAGUUAAUGGUCUGAGCUUUCACCCUAAAAGGCCAUGGAUUCUCUCCAGUUUGCACAGUGGUGUGAUCCAGCUCUGGGAUUAUCGUAUAGGUGUUUUGAUCGAUAGUUUUAACGAGCACGAAGGACCUGUUCGUGGUGUUCAUUUUCACACUUCUCAGCCUCUAUUCGUCUCCGGAGGGGAUGAUUACAAGAUUAAAGUUUGGAACUACGAAACACGGAGGUGUCUUUUCACUCCUCUUGGCCAUCAUGAUCAUAUCCGCACGGUUCAGUUCCAUCACGAGCACCCAUGGAUUGUGAGUGCCAGUGACGAUAAGACUAUCCGCAUUUGGAACUGGAAAUCCCGGACUUGUGUAUCUGUCUUGACUGGUCACAAUCACAAUGUUAUGUGUGCUUCUUUCCACCCAAAAGAAUACUUAGUCUUAUCAGCUUCCUCAGAUAAGACUGUUCGUGUUUGGAAUAUCGGUGCUCUUAGGAGGAUGACAGAGUCUCCUGCUGGUGGUGUUGCUUCUACUGUCAAAUACGUCGUUAAAGCUCAUGAGAGAGGUGUAAACUGGGCUGCUUUUCACCCCGACCGUCCUCUUAUCGUCUCCGCUGCAGAUGACUGCAAAGUCAAGGUCUGGCGUAUGAAUGGUAACUCAUUUUUAUGUUAUCCGUUAGUGACAUACUUGUUUGUAAAAUUUGUGUAUGCCUUAUUGGAGUUAAGGUAG